GGUCUGCGGAAGGAGCGGCUGAACGUCUAGCAGCGUCUCGACUUCUUCAGCCAAAGGCCCUGGCGAAUUGACUCACGGCGACCCCAUGUGUGCAGAGUAGAACUGCUCCACGGGCUUUUCAAAGCUGUGGCCUUUGGGAAAGAGAUCGCCAGGCCUGUCUUUCGACGUUCCUCUAGCCUCUGAAGAGAGGAAUCACCAACUCGAUGGCUGGGAUUUUGCGCUCGGUAGUUCAGAGGCCCGCAGGCAGUCUCCAGACGGUGACAAAAGGUACGGAGUCUCUCAUUUGUUCAGAUUGGAUUCGUCACAAAUUUACGAGGUCACGAAUUCCAGAUAAAGUGUUUCAGCCUUCACCUGCAGAUCAUGAAAAAUAUGGUGGGGACCCACAAAACCCUCAUAAACUGCAUGUCGUUACCAGGAUAAAAAGUACAAAAAGACGUCCAUAUUGGGAGAAAAAUAUAAUAAAGAUGCUUGGAUUAGAAAAAGCACAUACGCCUCAAGUUCACAAGAAUAUCCCUUCAGUGAAUGCAAAACUGAAAGUGGUUAAACAUUUGAUAAGAAUCCAGCCGCUGAAGUUGCCACAAGGACUUCCAGCAAAGGAGGACAUGUCUGAGACCUGCCUCAGGAGCACGGGGGAGCUAGUACUGCGGUGGGAUCUGACGCCUGGGCCGCAGGAGGGAAUUAAGUCCUAACGCAGGAGCAGUCUCGGAUUUUGAAGAACUUAAAUCAUUUUUAUUUAAAGAGUACUAGAAAGUGUUUUCAUUUAAGUACAUUUUACAUACCAUUCAUUUUCACUGACUAAAGAUCCUUCUUCUUCUUCUUUAUAGACUUAGAGGUUUGAGCACUGUUCCUUGGUUUAAUUCUCUCCCUUUCCCCUUAGUAGUUUCGCUCCAGAAUAGGUAAGAAAGGCAAUUAUUUGAACAUCUAGGUUCAGGCCCACUGCCGCCUUAAGCAGUUGUCCUUCUUGGUGGUGUUGGUUGCCAUUGAGAAGGCGCUGACUUCUGGCGACCUUGUGUAUAACAGAACGAAAUGUUGCCCGGUCCUGUGCCAUCUUCAUGAUCCUUGGCGUGGUUGGGUCCAUUUUGUCAGUCCAUCUCAUUGAAGAUUUCCCUUGUUUUUUGCUGACCCUCUACCAAUCAUGUUAGCAUUUGAAAAAGAUUGUUUUCUCGUUUAAUUCAAUUGAAUUCGGCAGGCACCUUGGAGAAAACCCUCAGGCCAGUCGAAGAGACCACCUGAUCACAGAAUAGCAUUUCUCAUCUGGGGUAGUUCUCAUUCUAUCACUCCAUCUUUAGAGGAGAAAGGCCAGAGGGCUUUGCAGUGUUCCCGUUUGAUAUUGGUCAAGAGGUCUCUCCAGCUGAGAGAGAAAGGACAGGCUUUUCAGCCACAG